AUGGAUUUCCUGACGAGGGGCUACAUUGCCAUACGAGGCGACAAAGGCCAGCCGCAAUCUGUGGACGAAACCAUUGAAAAGUUGGCAGAUUGCCUUGAAACGGCGACCUUGUUAGAGGACAGACGAGCCGCGGUGCUUAGCUUGAAGGGCCUCGUACGAGAUUAUCCUGAGAACGUCGGUGCGCAAGCGUUUCCCGGCCUUAUUAAAGUUUUGCACAAUGACUAUAAAGAUGGAGACAUGACAAAGUCGAUUCUCGAGACUUUGACUGUGCUUUGCUCAGUCGAACGCGAGAAUGUCGCUGAAGAUAAGGGAUACAAGUACACAGAUCUGUUUCUGAAGGACUCGUCGAAUGUAUCUAUUGUGCUUGACGUUCUCGAAGAAUUCGACUUCUACCUGAGAUACAGCGCCAUCAAGUUAUUAUCGACGCUUUCGUAUAAUCGUAACACUGGCAUUCAACAAUGCGUUCUUACGAGUCCCAUGGGUAUUACACGGCUCGCCGAUUUGUUAAACGACAAGCGAGAUAUCAUUCGAAAUGAGAGUUUACUGUUGCUGACAUCGUUGACACAAAACAACGCCGAGAUCCAAAAACUUGUCACGUUCCAAGCAACAUUUGAAAAGUUACUGACAGUGAUUGAGGAUGAGGAGGGUAUUUCCGGUGGCAUUGUUGUUCAGGACAGUCUGAUAUUGAUGCAUAAUCUUCUGAAAUAUAACGUAUCCAACCAAAUCUAUUUCCGGGAAACCAGCUGUAUCCAACAAAUCCCUGGCUUACUUGGCUACGUGGGCGACAGUGAGGCCGAUCAUGUCCCCUACUCAUAUGAAGACUGGCCUCCACAAAAAGUGGCCAACACUGUGCUUGUACUCGACCUGUGUCGCAUAUUGACCGAGCCCGAGGGCGUCAAUACUGCCACGAACCAAAAGGCAAUGGUUCAAAGCAGCAUCUUGCUACCUAUUGUGCAACUGGGUAUCUGUUCCAAUGCACCUGCGUUUGUCCGUACAGGAGCAAUUUAUUCGAUUGCCUAUGUUGUAUACAACAAUCCAGCCGUCCAGGAAUUGUUUGCAAAGACGGUGGUGGCGACGCCUCCGCGCUUAAUUGACGGGGAAAUCGAUCCAGCUGCACCGCCAGGAUUACCUCGGCCCGCUAUGGUGUCUUUGAUUGCUAUUGCUGCUGCAGCUGAUCCGGACGUCGAGUAUAGCUACACCAGUCGUGCCGCUGCUGCUUUCGCCGUAGCAUCUUGUUUGCAAGGCAAUGAGGAGGCGCAGCUGGUUCUCGCUUCUAUGCUCAAAAUGCCACCAGACGAUAACGUCAAUUCCCAAUAUACAGAUAAACCAUUCUCUGCCGGAUCACUAUUAUUGGAAGCUGUUCAAAACUGGGAACUAUCUGCAGCUGAUCCCUACAAGGUCUGGUUCUCCUGCACAAUUCUAUCCCAUGUGAUUAUGGGCAACGAACAAGCGAAAAAAAUAGCUGGCAGUAUCGUGUUUGGUGAUGAAGCAAACGGCGAAGAACCUGUGCCACUUUUGCAUCAUAUUAUGGCUCAACUGCUCAUGGCAGCCAAAAACCCAGGCACAAACUGCAGAAUACCAAUUGGUUACCUAUGCUUGUUGUGCACUUGGCUUUAUGAUAGCCCUGAAUCCGUCAGUUUAUUUCUGUCCGAAAGCACACAUAUCCAGUUUUUAAUCCAAGAGAUUCAGUCAUCUGCAAACGAUCCAGUAGUCCAAGGUUUGGCUGCAUUCCUGCUAGGUAUCACUUAUGAAAAUAACAAUGAUCCAAAUACGCCGCUGAGCAGUCGCAUCGACUUAUUCACCAGCUUGCUAUCACGCUUGCGAGAUAGUCCUGCUGUCAAGAACGCACCACAAUACCUGGAAAUUUCGCCCGAGGACGAAUCCAUUUCUUUGAGCACAGGCUCUUUACCGUCGCUUCUCCUCGAUAAUGCAUUUGCGGAAUUCUUCAAGGAUACCUAUGAACAAACAACACGAGCGCUUAAGCGAAAACCAUCUAGCUUCAACAAGUCACCUUCAGGUGAAGCAGCAUCGCCUCUUAUGGGAGCCAAUGUCAUUUCUGAACAACAACUGGAAUCAUACAAAGAAACGAUUUCACAACAAGCAAAUGAGAUCACUCAACUCAAACAACAAGUAUCCGAACUGGAUUCAUGCAAGACGACCAUCAGUAACUUGCAAAAUCAAGUAGCAGAAUUGGAAGGGCGUCUGAAGGCUAUGCGAACCGAUGAAAGUGCAUUACAAGAUAAAAUGUCCGAAUUGGAAAGAGGACGGGCUGCUAUGCAAGAAUCAUUGACGAGCAUGGAAAAGGAACAAGAAGAUUUGCUUGUAUGCAUGGGUGAACAAGAUUUGGAUAUCAAAAAGUACAGAAAGCGGUUACGGGACAAAGGUGAACCCGUGACGGAUAGCGAAGAUGAAGAAGAGUAA